UUUCAGCGGAAGAGAACAUCACCACCGGUCCCAGCAGCCUCCACCAGCUUCGUUCCUUUGAAUACCUGCAAUCCACUCAGAAAAUGGGGGGAAAGAAUCUAUCAAGAAAUCAAAGCAAGCGCCAACAUAAAUUGACUUGGUGGUGUGCCGCACGGUACAGAACGUAACAACCUGGAAGCUUACACCAUCAUCUCCACGCUCAAGCAAUCUAGCUACUCCACUGCCACCCGCUAUGGAUCCGAGCUCCGAGGUCAUACUCGAUUACCCGAUUUUCCGUAUCUACAAGGAUCACCACGUCGACCGCCUAGUCGGCACAGAAACCGUGCCUGCCGGCGCCGACGCCGCCACCGGCGUCGUCUCGAAAGAUGUUGUCAUCGACGACGACUCCGGCAUCUACGUCCGGCUCUACCUCCCGGACAUGGCUGGAACCCAGGCCAACGAGGACGGCCCGAAGCUCCGCGUGCUCGUCUUCCUCCACGGCGGCGGCUUCAUCACCGAGUCGGCGGCCUCGCCGAUGUACCACAACUACGUCAACUCCCUGGCCGCGGCGGCGCGCGUGCUCGUCGUCUCCGUGAACUACCGCCUCGCGCCCGAGCACCGGUUCCCGACCGGCUACGAGGACUCCCUCCGCGCGCUCAAGUGGGCGCUCUCCGGCGGCGACCCCUGGCUGUCCCGGCACGGUGACCUCGGGCGCGUUUUCCUGGCCGGGGACAGCGCCGGCGGGAACAUCAUCCACAACGUCGCGAUGAUGGCUGCGGCGGCGGGAGACGGCGGCGGCGUGGCGGCGCGGAUCGAGGGCGCGGUCCUGCUCCACGCCGCGUUCGCCGGCAAGGAGCCCGUUGCCGGGGAGUCCGUCGAGACGGCGGAGAUGAUGGACACCCUGUGGGGCGUCAUCUGCCGGGAGGCGGCCGAGGACGGGUUGGACGACCCGAGGAUAAACCCGCUGGCCGCGGCGGCGCCGAGCCUGCGGGGCCUGCCGUUCGAGAGACUGCUCGUAGUCGAGGCGGACGGGGACUUCUUCAGGGGCAGGGGGAGGGCGUACUACGAAGCCGUCGUGGCGAGCGGGUGGGGCGGGGAGGUGGAGUGGUUCGAGACAAUGGGCAAGGAGCACGUGUUCUUCCUCCUCGAUCCCGGCUGCCCCGAGGCCGUGGCGCUCAUGGCCCGGCUCGUCGCAUUCUUCGCUGGGAAUUGAAUGCAUGAAUCCGUCAAUAUGGAGAUGUAACUGAUUGCAAACGUGUACUGAACUGUUGGUCUUGUAAUUACGUUAUGUAGUUAUAUGAACAAACUUUCUGCUAUCCGUGCUCUUUCGAGUGAAAAGUAGGAACCAAAAUGAAUAAGCUAGACUUUAUCUUGUCUC